CAACAAAUCAUCUCUUAACUUCUUGACUUCACCAUGGGGAACUUAGCUGCCUGCUGCCGAAGCUUCUGGUGCAAGCCCAAAAACCCUGAUGUCCGGAUCAGUCUGCCUGUGGUCUGCUUCCUGUGGCAGAUUGCCAUGAUCAUCCUGUUUGGACUGUUUGUGCGUUAUAAUGAUGAGUCGGAUGCACACUGGUCUGACUACAAGCAUGCGAAAAACAUCACGAGUGACAUCGAGAACGACUUCUACUACAGAUACCCAAGUUUUCAGGAUGUGCAUGUGAUGAUCUUUGUGGGUUUUGGCUUUCUCAUGACCUUCCUGAAGCGCUACAGCUUCGGCGGGGUCGGAUUCAACUUUCUCAUCGCUGCCUUUGGUCUGCAGUGGGCUCUUCUCAUGCAGGGCUGGUUUCACUCUCUGGACCCAGCUGAUGGCCUAAUCAAGAUCGGAAUUGAGAAUAUCAUCAACGCUGACUUCUGUGUAGCUGGAUGUCUGAUUGCUUAUGGAGCUCUGCUGGGGAAAGUCAGCCCAGUGCAGCUGAUGGUGUUGACACUAUUUGGCAUCACAUUGUUUGCAGUUGAGGAAUACAUCAUUCUUAAUAUUCUCCAUGUUCGGGACGCCGGCGGAUCCAUGGUCAUCCACACUUUCGGAGCAUAUUAUGGUCUGACAAUAUCGUGGAUUCUUUAUCGACCGAAACUAGACCAAAGCAAGAAUCUGAACGGAUCUGCCUACCACUCUGAUGUCUUUGCUAUGAUUGGCACCCUCUUCCUCUGGAUGUUCUGGCCCAGUUUCAACUCUGCCAUCGCAGAUCAUGGAGACGGACAACAUCGGGCCGCCAUAAACACCUACCUUUCACUAGCUGCUUCAGUCCUUACUACAUUUGCCAUAUCAAGCCUUUCAGCCAAAAAGGGAAAACUGGACAUGGUGCAUAUACAGAAUGCAACUCUGGCUGGGGGAGUCGCCAUGGGAACAGCGGCCGAAUUUAUGAUCUCACCAUACGGUUCUCUCAUCGUGGGCUUCAUCUGCGGGAUAAUCUCCACAUUUGGCUACCUGGUGAUCACUCCCUUCAUGGAGAAGUACCUGAAGAUUCAAGACACAUGUGGCAUCCAUAACCUGCACGCCAUGCCCGGCAUCCUGGGAGCAGUCGUGGGUGCCAUCACAGCAGCUACUGCCAGUGAGAGCGUCUACGGGCAUGAAGGGUUGAUAAACACCUUUGAUUUUGAAGGACAAUUCAGUAAGAGGACGCCUGCCAUGCAGGGAGGCUUCCAGGCCGCCGGUCUUUGUGUUGCUCUUGCUUUUGGAAUCGUAGGUGGAGCUGCAGUAGGUUUUAUUCUGAGACUGCCAUGCUGCUGGGGAGACCCGGCCGAUGAAAACUGCUAUGAUGAUGAGUUGUACUGGGAGUUGCCUGAGGAUGAGGAGAGCAUCCCUCCCAUUCUAGAGUUCAACAGCCACAUGGUCGGCAAAAAUAGAGACAUGAUGUCAGAGUCUAACUUCACUGUUGAACUGACCUAAUGCAAAAUGUCUGUAUGACAAAAGAGGAAACACAUCACAUCAUAUUUGGCCCAAAAAAUGAAAAGACAGAAUGAAUGUUCAGACCAAGUCUGCUCUGAAGAGAAUAUAGUACCUGUAAUACCUUUGUGAGGUAUUUGGCCUGCCUAAUAGAGCACAGACCCAGUCGGGUCAGCUCCUAGUUCAAUUUUAUGUUUUUAGAGUCCUGGAAUUAAUCGAAUAAAUAAGUUUUUGCAUAUAUCAUUUCUAAAACUAA